GGAGAGAGCGGCUGAGGUGACGCCACCUCGAGUGCUCGAACCUGCGCGAGGUUCUAGUCGGCGUCCGGGAGCUGCAGCGGGAGCGGCGCGCGCGGGUUCUGAGCAUUUUCCGUGAUUGGAGCAGGGCUAUGAGUUCUUUAAAUGAAUAUGGUUCCAAUUCCUGGGCGCUCACAAUCACAGUUGAUCAUCACAAUGGAGAAGAACAAAAAGAGAUUCCCCUUCAAGUAUCGGGGGAACUUCAUGUCGGAGGGUUGAUGCUAAAACUUGUGGAACAAAUUGGGAUAUCCCAAGAUUGGUCAGACUAUGCCCUUUGGUGGGAGCAAAAGAAAUACUGGCUUCUGAAAACUCAUUGGACUCUAGAUAAAUAUGGAGUGCAAGCAGAUGCCAUACUCUUGUUUACCCCUCAGCACAAAAAUCUGCGCCUUCGUUUACCAAGCAUGAAGAUUGUGAGACUGUACGUUAGCUUCUCUUCUGUGGUAUUCAGGGUUGUUGGGGACAUCUGCAAGAGCCUUGGUAUUAGACGAUCAGAAGAACUGUCUCUGCUGAAGCCAACCAAUGAGAUAAAAAAGAAAAAGAGAAAAGACAAAGAGAAGGACAAAGAACCCGUCGUAGAAGAUAUUUUAAACCUGCACAAUUCUCCAGUGAGUUUGGGAUUGCCAGCCAGUCCUGGCUUAUAUAGCAAGACAAUGACCCCAAUUUAUGAUCCCAUUACUGGUUCACCUGUCGCUUCCACCAUUGCAUGGUUCAGUGACAGCCCAUUGGCACAACAGAGCUGGAGCACCCUCGCUUUUAGCCAUCCUAACUCUGCACCAGAGACACUUGCCAAAAUGUAUCAGCCUCGAACAUUGGUCGACAAAGCCAAACUGAAUGCUGGAUGGUUAGAUUCAUCUCGAUCACUCAUGGAACAAGAUAUCCAGGAGGACGAUCAACUUCUACUCCGUUUUAAAUACUAUGAUUUCUUUGAUUUGAAUGCAAAAUAUGAUGCAGUACGAAUUCAUCAGCUAUAUGAGCAAGCCCGCUGGGCUAUUCUGCUGGAAGAAAUAGACUGCACUGAAGAAGAAACCUUCAUUUUUGCUGCAUUGCAGUACCAUAUCAGUAAGAUGACCUUAUCAACAGGAUCCAAAGACUUCACGGUUGAGAGUGAAACCGACGAAGUGGAAGCAGCACUUUCCAAUCUGGAAAUAACACUAGAAGGCGGAAGGUCAGAGAGUCUAUUGGAGGAUAUCACAGACAUUCCAAAGCUUGCCGAUAACCUCAAGCUAUUUAGAUCCAAAAAGCUGGUGCUGAAAGCCUUCAAGCAAUAUUGGUUUGUCUUUAAAGACACAUCCGUGUCUUACUUUAAAAACAAAGAAGCUGAACAUGGAGAACCUAUCGAGAAGCUUAACCUAAGAGGAUGUGAAAUUGUCCCAGAUGUAAGUGUGUCCGGGAAAAAAUAUGGGAUUAAAUUACUCAUCCCAGUUGCCGAUGGAAUGAAUGAAAUACAUUUGAGGUGUAAUGACGAAGAGCAGUAUGCCAGAUGGAUGGCUGCUUGUGCAUUGGCUUCCAAAGGAAAAACAAUGGCAGACAGUUCUUACCAAUCUGAGGUGCAUAACAUCCUAUCGCUCCUGAAAAUGAAAAGCAGAACAGCUGCACCCCAAGAAGUUUCGGAUGUAGAAAGCAUGGACGUGAAACCGGAAUGCUUCAUCUCACCACGAUACGCUAAGAAAUAUAAAUCUAAGCAGUUAGCUGCUCGCAUUCUAGAAGCACAUCACAACAUCAUUCACCUGCCUCUUAUGGAAGCCAAACUGAGGUUUAUCCAGGCAUGGCAAUCACUUCCAGAAUUCGGCUUAUCCUAUUAUGUUGUAAGAUUUAAAGGAAGCAAGAAGGAUGAUCUUUUGGGGAUUUCUUAUAACAGGCUGAUUAGGAUAGACACAGCUACUGGUGACCCAAUUACAACCUGGAGGUAUUCAAAUAUGAAACAAUGGAACGUGAACUGGGAGAUACGGCAGGUUGCCAUUGAGUUCGAUCAGAAUGUAUCUAUUGCAUUUGCUUGCCUGAGUGCAAAUUGCAAAGUGGUUCAUGAAUACAUUGGCGGCUAUAUUUUCCUGUCAACCCGUUCCAAAGACCAGAAUGAGACGUUGGAUGAAGACUUGUUCCAUAAAUUAACUGGUGGAAGGGAAUGAAAGGAAACCAGAAGCUUUUUCUGGACUGAAUAGAAGGGCCAGAGGUGAUGGUGCUCGCUUAGAUGGCUCCUUAGUACCUCCUGCCUGAUUCCGUUAAUAAAAAUUGAUAAAGAGGAAGCAGGGAUAUUGCGAAGCAAAGCAUCAGCCUUUGGCAUCAAGAUGGAGAGCUUUUCACGUUCUGAUCAAAAAUCAAUCUUCUCUUCCAUGACCAUUGGGGGGUGUGGCGUGAUGGUGGAAAGAGACAGAAUUAUAAAUGGAAGAUUGUUAGAUGGAGCCUUCACAAAAUUCCAUGAAUAAGGCAACUAAUUGGAUAAUGGAAGUCUCUUCUGAAAAUAUUCUAGCUUUAUUUUUUUGUCCAUGAAACUCAAAAGGAAAGCUUCUGGUUUCAAUUUUAUAUUUAUUUUAAGAAUUUUCUGAAGUAAAAGGUACUUCUUUUUUAAAAAUGAAAACAUUCUAGCGUGCCAAUCUGUCAAACUUUGGAGCGCAGUCCAGUUGCCGCUUACUGCUCCCUUUUGCACAGCACUCCUGUCAACACUGAAUCACUGUCCUCUAUAGCCUUCCAGUCAGUGAAAUUCAUUGUUCUAAAGAGAGCUGCCUGCUGCCCAACCAGUCUUCAUGCAACACAAAUAAUGUACUUAUGGGAAAUAUAUUCUUGGAAAUAAUGUUUAUCCUUGGCACUAAUCUGGAGCACCGGAGAAGAAAAACUAACCCAAACUCAAAGCAUGUCCUACUUUCAAAAGAGCUUGUGGAAAUAGAAUGUCUUUGGAAGCUUAUUCUUACAGUUACAGGAAUUCUUGAGCCAACUUGUUUCACAGUGUGUUGUAGACUUUCAUUGGUGUUAAUAGAUUGUCUUAGACCAGGGGUCUCCAAACUUGGCAACUUUAAGACUUGUGGACUUCAACUAUCAGAAUUCCUCAGCCAGCAAAGCUUAUGGGAGAGGUGAGUGAGUGUAAACAUGUGUAGAAUGAAAAAUCAAUUUGCUUAUUUUCAGCAUCAUAAGUUUGCCUUGCUGUAAAUUGGAUUUCUUAUGACUGGCUUUGAACACUAUAGCAGCCAUUUUGUAAAUAUUUUGCAGGGAGACUUUUUCAAAAUUCUAAAUGUAUCAUCUGCUGCAAAGAGAAUCCAGUUCAUUUUAAUCAAAGUGGCUUUUGUUUUGUUCCUACUGUAUAUCAUAUUUUUGUCCUUUUUCAAUUAUCAUUUUCUUUUACUAUAAAAUCCUUCAGCAGUUUCUGAAUUUUGCAGAUUUUGUAGAAUAAUGAUUAAAAUUAGCUUUAUUAAGGUUUUGCUAUGUUUUAGCUGCAAUCCUUUAAAAUAAAUUCUAAAAUGUUUUUAAACUGU